GAAGGGUUCGCAGUGUAGCUUUUUUUUCUUGAGGGGAAUUUCGUCGUGGAUAAAUAAUCGUUUGCCCGCGUGAUAUGACCACCUGGGCACUCGGUCAGGCUGGUCUGUCUGUCGAGUCAGUCAUCACGGGGGAGAUCGACACCGCGACGGCCCUUACAUUCGCUUCCAUUUAUUCAGCGCUCGUUUGUGGGACACACCUUACUUCACAAUCAACGUAAUUCGUCCUCUCCGCCCAAAACAAUAUGGGCAUCCGUUCGUUCUUCUCAGGGGCCGCUGUCGCGGCACUCGCCGUGUCAGGAUGCCAGGGUAUCCGCAUCAUCCAGUCCAAUGACGACGGUUGGGCGGAGCUGUACCUGCGGUCCUUCCACGACUCGCUCCUCAGCGGAGGUCACGACGCCGUGGUCUCGGCCCCGGCGGAGAACCAGAGCGGCAGAAGCUCACUCGACGCCGAUCCGGGUCGUCGCACGGCAGCAUGCCAGUACGACAGCUGCCCGGCCAACACCAACGCCCCGACGGGCACCAACUCGUCUGACACCCGUCUGAACUGGGUCAACUCGUUCCCGGUCACGUCGAUGCGCUUUGGCAUCAACAGCAUCGGCCCUAGCCACUGGGGCGGGGCGGCACCCGAGCUGGCCGUUGCGGGACCCAACGUGGGCUCCAACGUGUAUCUCCAGGUGCAGUUCUCCGGCACCGUCGGCGCCGCAUGCUACGCGGUCGGCGAGGCAGGACUACCAGCCAUCGCCUUCUCGGGCCUCACGGACGGCACCCUCCCCUGGAACACGGUACCCGUGCCCGCCCGCAGCCUGAUCUACGCCGACCUGGCCGCGAACCUGACCAACGCCAUCAUCGGCGCCGGCGCCCCCUACCUGCCCCCGGGCAUCUUCCUCAACGUCAACUUCCCCGAGGUCACGGGCGCGUGCACAAACGCCGACAACUUCAAGUGGGUCAUGAGCCGCAUCAACCCGCGCACCAUCUUCUCGGCCCCGGACGUCGACACGUGCGGCAGCACGGCGCUGCCCACCGACAUGAGCGUCGUUGAUGCCGAGGGGUGUCACGUGUCCGUCAGCGUUGGCGAGUGCAGGGACAAGUCGACGGCGGACGCGGCGAACCAGAAGGUCGUGCUGGACAAGCUUGGCAGUUUCUUCUCGUGCUUGCCGUGAGCUGGGGGCUUUCUGGGUACAUAUUGUUGUUACUGUUCAAGUUGUCUGCAUCGAGAGGCUCGAGAGGAUGUUUCGGCACGGCUCAUGCGACUUCAGUAUAUAUAAAAUCAGCGUUGAUAUCGGCCAAAAUUCAAAGGCGCAUUAGUGAUCUCCA